UAUGGAUGCACCACCAAACGAUGGAUCUACAACGAAGCCAAGCAGAUGAAAGAACGUUAUGUCGAGUUCGACGUAAUUGCAUUGCAGAAGGUAGCUGCCGAUGUGGCCGGGGCAGCAACAUGCACAUCCAUGGAAAAAUUUGCUGAAGGCUCUUUUAACAAAGUGUUUCUUCUGCGGUUUGACAACAACAAGGAAGUCAUUGUUCGCAUACCGUGUCCCAUUGCCGGCCCUCAGAAUCUAGUCAUUGCGAGUGAAGUAGCUACGCUUGACUAUGUGGCACGCUAUCUCCACAUUCCUACCCCACGUGUUCUUGCCUGGAGUCGUGACGGUAGUGAAUUUUCCGUUGGCGUGGGGUAUAUCAUCAUGGAAAGACUUCCUGGUGUCCCUCUGACAAAGCGCUGGAUGGAUAUCAGAGGCGACGAUUUUUACGAACUCACCGAACGUGUUGUAAGUAUGGAGAAGUCAUUUUCCGAUAAGAGGUUUUCGCAGAUAGGCAGCUUGUACUUCAAGCAAGACGUCGCUCCUGAGCUGCAAGCACGUCCGUUGUAUGCAAAAGACUUUCCGGACGAUGGAGCAUCGGAGAGGUACCGCAUCGGACCUACAGUGCAGAGGGAAUUCUGGCGGGGCGAACGUUCCACAAUGAAUAUCGAUCGGGGGCCCUGGCCUGAGACUCAAUCAUACGCAAGAGCUAUCGUAAACUGCGAAAAGCAAUGGCUGAGAGCUUACGCACGACCACGCCCUCUCAAUGACCCAUGUCGUCUGUCUGAUGACGAUGCAUCUCCUGAAGCCCAUAUUGAAGCGCUUGAUCAUUUUCUCGCUGUUCUUCCCUUCUUAAAUCUACCGGAGGAAUACCUUCCCAACAACCUCUGGCACCCUGACCUUUACGACGGCAACAUCAUGGUCGAGGCAGAAGGCGUUCCCAAUUUCACUGGCAUAAUCGACUGGCAGCAUGCAUGGAUCGGUCCUAGGUUCAUGCAAGCAGAGUUUUGUCGAAUGUAUCUCUACACAGGCACUAUGAUCGACAUGAAGUCAACCUUCCCUCGCCUCCCCGACUAUUUCGAAUCUCUCUCUCCGGAAGAUCAAGAAGAAGCCAAACUGCAAAAGCGGCUUGCAGAACGACAUAAAUCUUAUAUGAUGCUCGUUUCUCUGCGCGAUCCUUUGCAUGCGGAUAUCACCCGUCAUCCCUGCUACAGGACAUAUGUUACGCCGUUCAAAUGGGCGGGACGGACGUGGACAGAUGGCAUUGCCGCUUUCCGCCACGCUCUUCUCGUAAUGACUGACGACUGGAAACACAUUGCAGGACCGGAUGUCCCUUGUCCUAUAUCCUUCUCGAAGGCGGAAGAGGAGCGUCAAAUGGCAACCUGGCGGCAGGCGACGGCUCGGGAGAAAUGGGUAGAGACGUUUCAGGAGAAGCUCCAUCUGCGACACGAUGGCCUUGUUGAUCCGGAUCAGUAUGAGUCCACGAAACGCGCUGCGGAAGAACUGCGC